UGUGUGUGUGUGUGUGUGUGUGUGUGUGUGUGUGUGUGUCCCUCUCCUAAUCCUCUUAGCAGCAUUGUGCUGAGCCGAGCUCCAGCCCCGACAUGCGCUGCGCCCUCGUCGCUGCCCAAAGUCCGGAGUCAGCGUCUCUGCGCCCGUUACGCACAGAUGGAGCGACGUUCCGCGGCGCCGGCGGGUGCAGGUUGAAGCAGCCAGCUGUUAAAAAAAAGGAUGAAACACACAGUGUGUAGGUGUGUGUGUCUCUUCUCGGUCAGCGGUGUCUUCUCGCCACACAACGGUGCCGGACCCGACGGGGAGCAGCAGCAGCAGCAGCAGCAGCAGCAGCAGUGAUGCGUCUGACUUAACUUCCUGUUUUGUUUUGGGCGUGGCGACCACGAGGGCGAUGAGCGUGCGCUCGCCUCCUCCGCCGAGGAGGAGGCUGCGGCGCGGCCGCGUCCUCCUCUUCCUCUCAGGUGUGCUGCUGUGUUUGGUCUACGCUCUGACUCUGAAGGGCAGACUGUCGGCGCCGCGAGCCUCCGAGCAGACGGACGGCGGUGAUGAUGACAAUGAUGUUCUGGAGGUCAACGUCCGGGAGGCGACGGCGUCCAACGAGACGCAGGGGGUGGUCGUCUCACCUGAGAACGUCAAACCCACUCCGGUUGUAAUCGUCAACAGGACUGACAUCGAACAGUGUAUCUACGUAGAUCCUCAACCCCCCAAACCUCCACCGACUCCGCCGCCGCCGCCAUCGACCACCACGACUGCCCCGCCCCAGCCCCCCAGCAGGAAGGGCGAGUACCCCGAGGACCUCUUCUCAGUGGAGCAGCGGCGACAAGGCUGGGUGGUCCUGCACGUCCUGGGCAUGACCUACAUGUUUGUCGCCCUGGCCAUCGUCUGCGACGAGUUCUUCGUGCCCGCGCUGGAGGUCAUCACCGUCAAGAUGGACAUCUCCGACGACGUCGCCGGGGCCACCUUCAUGGCGGCCGGGGGCUCCGCCCCUGAGCUCUUCACCUCCCUGAUCGGCGUCUUCGUGUCCCACAGCAACGUGGGCAUCGGCACCAUCGUGGGCUCGGCCGUCUUCAACAUCCUGUUCGUGAUCGGCAUGUGCGCCAUCGCCUCCCGCGAGAUGCUGCACCUGACCUGGUGGCCCCUGUUCCGCGACGUGACCUUCUACAUCGUGGACCUGAUCAUGCUCAUCGUCUUCUUCCUGGACAGCGUGAUCCUGUGGUGGGAGAGUGUCCUGCUGGUGCUGGGCUACGUCAGCUACGUCAGCUUCAUGAAGUUCAACAGUCAGAUCGAGCGGGCGGUCAAGAGCCAGCUCAACAAGCACAUGAGCAUCGUCAAGGCGUGGAGCGGCGAGGAGCCGGAGAAGGAGAGUGACGGUGCAGCUCCUCCUCCUCCUCCACCUCCUCCUCUUCCUCCUCCUCUUCCUCUUCCUCCACCUGCUGCUGCUGCACCAAAAGCAGAAGACAAAUCCAAACCUGAGCCUGAGCCUCCUCCCAUCAGCCCUCAGACACACAAACCAUCAGCAGACGCACGAGAGGACAAAGCGAGACUCAGGGUGCAUCCCGUCCUGCAGCGCGGCGGCAGCUCGGCCUCCCUCCACAACACGUCGCUGCGCAGCACCAUCUUCCAGCUGAUGAUCCACACGCUGGAUCCUCUGGGCGAAGAGGCGGCGCUCGGAGGAGGGGCCCCGAAAACCCCCGGCCCCAGGAAGAGCAGACGAGAAACCUCCUUUAAUGGUGAUGUCAGAGGGGCGGGGCCAGCGCAGAGGACAGCUAAGAACAAAGUUAAGCCUCUGAACGUCCCGGUCGCGAGCGAAUCACAGAGCAAGUCACAGCAACGCUGCUCUGGAGAGGGCGACCACAAGCCAAAGUCCGAGCAGGCCGCCGGCGCCGCCGCUGCAGGUCCACCAGGGGGCGCCGCCGCUGCAGGUCCACCAGGGGGCGCCGCCGCCGCCGCCGCGCCGUCCACCUCACAGCCUCCGAAGACCGAAGAGGCGACCGCGAAGACGACGUCCGACCCGCCGGACGAGUCCAAGGCGGCGGCAGCAUCAGUGGGCAGCGCCGAGGACGACGGCGGUGGCGAGGACAGCAGUGGGAGCGAAGACGAGGACGACGAGGACGACGAUGACGAGGAGGAGGAGGAGGAGGAGGAGGAAGAGGAACAGGGCGAAGGCGAGGAGGAGGAGAACGAGCCGCUGUCUCUGGAGUGGCCUGAGACCAAACGGAAGCAGGCCACCUACCUGUUCCUGCUGCCCAUCGUGUUCCCGCUGUGGCUCACGCUGCCCGACGUCCGCAACCCGCCGUCCAGGAGAUACUUUGCGAUGACGUUCAUCGGCUCCAUCCUGUGGAUCGGCGUUUUCUCCUACAUGAUGGUGUGGUGGGCUCAUCAGGUGGGCGAGACCGUGGGCAUCUCGGAGGAGAUCAUGGGCCUGACCAUCCUGGCGGCCGGGACGUCCAUCCCCGACCUGAUCACCAGCGUGAUCGUGGCCCGCAAAGGCCUCGGGGACAUGGCCGUGUCCAGCUCCGUGGGCAGCAACAUCUUUGACAUCACCGUGGGUCUGCCGGUGCCGUGGCUCAUCUACACGCUGCUCCACGACGGCAAGCCGGUCGCCGUCAGCUCCAACGGCCUGUUCUGCGCCAUCGUGCUGCUCUUCCUCAUGCUCCUCUUCGUCAUCAUCUCCAUCGCCGCCUGCCGCUGGAGGAUGAGCCGCAUGCUGGGCCUCACCAUGUUCGUGCUGUACUUCGUGUUCCUGGUCCUCAGCGUCCUGCUGGAGGACCGCGUCCUCGUCUGCCCGGUGUCAGUCUGAGCCUGGCGG